AUGAGGGUUCAGGUGUUCAGGUCCCUGGAGGUGGCUGGCCCGGACCAGAUGGGUGCUCAGUGUCAAGGGAGCGCUGCCAGCGGGGGCCCUGCCAUGGGCGUGGGUUUACUGGCCAGAGGACUUUGUCUUAACUCGGUCUGGGGAAUGGAUCUAAAUGAGCCAAGUGGAAGCGAUUCUACUAGCAUAAGCUAUAUCUUUGCUGAGGAGCAAAUCCUUCUUCUAAGGUUUCUUAAAUUGAUAUGGACAAGUGGCUUUGCCUUGUUUUUGGAAAACUACAUUGGAGUUGAUGCUCUUCUGCUAGAUGGGCGUCACCACCACUGGGUUGGCUGGGUGCCUGGGACCUUCAAGGCCGGUAAGGAAGGGAGUAAUCGGCCUGGUGCCCAGGAAUCUUUGAGGCCGGUUUUCCUUACCUGCUGUGGUGCUGACACUUCCUUGGUGCGGAUUGCUAACGAAUGGGAAGAUGCUCUCAUACCAGAUCUGGAAAUGUACCAGGCUUCCUGUAGUGGUGCUACAGCAGUUGUCCAGGCAGCGCUAUGCAAACCCAGGCAAGAACGCGUAGCAAUAAAGAGGAUCAACUUAGAAAAAUGCCAAACCAGUAUGGAUGAAUUACUUAAAGAAAUUCAAGCAAUGAGUCAAUGCAAUCACCCCAAUGUGGUGACCUAUUAUACAUCUUUUGUGGUGAAGGAUGAACUUUGGCUGGUUAUGAAGCUGUUAAGUGGGGGUUCAAUGCUUGAUAUAAUAAAGUAUAUUGUCAACAGAGGAGAGCACAAAAAUGGUGUCCUUGAAGAACCCAUAAUAGCAACAAUUCUUAAAGAAGUUUUGGAGGGCUUAGACUAUCUACACAGGAAUGGGCAAAUUCACAGAGAUUUGAAGGCUGGCAACAUUCUUCUGGGUGAAGAUGGCUCUGUACAAAUAGCAGAUUUUGGCGUUAGUGCAUUUUUAGCAACGGGAGGUGAUGUUACUCGUAACAAAGUAAGGAAAACAUUUGUUGGUACUCCAUGUUGGAUGGCCCCUGAAGUAAUGGAGCAGGUGCGAGGUUACGACUUCAAGGCUGAUAUGUGGAGUUUUGGGAUAACAGCCAUUGAAUUAGCAACAGGAGCAGCACCUUAUCACAAAUACCCUCCUAUGAAAGUGUUAAUGCUGACGCUUCAAAAUGACCCUCCCACUCUAGAGACAGGUGUAGAGGACAAGGAGAUGAUGAAAAAGUAUGGCAAAUCCUUUAGAAAACUAAUUUCAUUAUGCCUUCAAAAAGAUCCUUCCAAAAGGCCCACAGCAGCAGAACUUUUAAAAUGCAAAUUUUUCCAGAAAGCCAAGAACAGAGAAUACCUGAUUGAAAAGCUUCUCACUAGAACGCCUAAUAUAGCACAAAGAGCAAAAAAG